AUCUUUUGCCUCACAAGAGAUUGGGUCCAAUUGCCUUGAGGAAGGGUCGUCUAUCCUUCUCUUGUUACUGACUACAUCAUGCUUUAAUGCAGUUUCUUCAAACAAAUUGUCCUUGAAACCCCCCAAAGUUUUUUUAAGAGUUACUUGGUAUUUUCCUUUACAAGGCUCCUGCAGUGCCCUAUGUUGAUUAAGGUUAUUUGUCGUAGGGUUUCACAAGCAUAUUGCAGUCCCCUAAGUUUUUCAAGGGUCACUUUGUCUACUCCUUUACAAGACUGAACCCCUUCUCCUCUGAUCUUUAGAAGAUGGACCCUCACUCUAGAAUAACUUCCAUGGAAUUGUUUGUGCAAAAUUUGCAGACCCAAAGUACUUGAUCCACCUCUAAAUCUUCGAUUCUCUGUUAUAUUGACAUAAGCCCACAAGGGUGUGGCAUGGGAUUGGAGACCAGCCAAAAUAAAACCUACAAGAAUUUUACUUUCUCAGAGCUUUAAUCAACAACAACACUCAAUGAACUUGCAUCCUUAACAGAGGAAACAUGAAAAAAAAUCAUACGAUUGCGCCGUAUUAGAUUUCACUGAUCAAGCUUAUUAGUGACUAAGGGCACGCAAAUUAACAGGAAAAUUGGGGGAAUGAAAAUUCCUAGCCUUCUUGUUUGAAAUUUCAGGGGUGUCUAGGCCCAAGAAAAGACUCAAAAGUAUUGUACCAUCAGAAAAUGCAUGAUCAUAGGCAUUUGAAAGUCGACAAAAUAACUCAUCUUCUCCCUCUCAACUAGUUGAAGAAGAAAAGCCAGAGAAAUCGAGAAAAUAUGGGGAUUUGUUUUACCUGGUUAAGUCUACGGAUGAGUUUUUGGCGAAGUUUCACUGAAUUUAGUUUCGGCCCGAACUGAGGCCAACACCUCCCUCCGAGAGAAGAGAUGUAUAUAAAUAGCUACAGUUUUAAGGGGCUCUGUAUGUUCGAAAUGAAGGGUUCAAUUCAGCAUCAGUUGCAGUCGCACAGGCUUCCACUGCGUCAUCGUCCCAGCUUCAAAACUUCUCGUGCGCCUUCUCCUGUGAAAGAUGCGGGAAAAUUCCAACCAGAGGAGGUCGCCAUUAAAGAUCAUAUCCCUGAAAAUAACACUCUAGCUAGCUUCUUACCAGAAACCCCAGACCUCAGCCCAGAAACCAGCAAGAUUGCAGGUCUACACAAGCAAGAGCGGCACAUCUCUAUUAACCACGAGAGCAAAGAAGAAGAGGAGGUAAAGGAUUCAGAGGAGAAGCUCAAAGAAGAAGAGCAGGUAAAGGAUUCAGAGGAGAAGCUCAAAGAAGAAGAGGAAGUCAAGGAUUCAGAGGAGAAGCUCGCUUUUACUGCAUUUCGUCUUUACAGAAAAAUUGAUGAUGGAGAGUCAAUGAGUAAUUACAACACUGGUUUGGCCGUGGCACGCGAUGCCCUAGCUUGUGCUUUCUGGAUGAUGGCUUGCUCCUGAUGUUCUUCUUUUUCAUCAAAAACCCUCAUCCCUCUCAA